GACCCCCCCAUCCUCUGGAAUAGAAGCUGGGAGGAUUGUCUGUCCUUGUGUGGAUGUGUUGGGUCCCCCGCUCUCCCCCUGCAGGAAGGGACAUGCUGCAAUCUCAGCGCUAGCAGCCCGCAGCCUGCCCAAUGCUGCUGACACUCAGCUGACACUGCUGCUGCCGGGGAGCCCAGAGGAUGGUCUGAGCAUAGAGAGAGGAGGACUGCUGCAACUUCUCCGCACAGGAAGAUGAGCACAGAAGUCACCAAGCCUGCUCUUGCACCAAAACCACAAGGUCUCGACCCUUUCAGUCCCGUGCUUCUUUCAAAGUACUCAUCACCUCCUCUCUCAAGAUCAAAACUGGUUCACCAAGGGAAAUCUAUGUCCAGGGGCCCCAAACCUCCCAUUGCCCCGAAACCAGUUUUAUCUCCAGCUACAGAACGAAGGUGUAUAGAGGACGAGAACAAUUCCCUGAACAAGUGUGCCAACGGUGAAGUAGAGUGCCCAGUGGAAAUUUACGAUGCCGACCAUUACAGAUCGGGGUGCGGAGAUUCCGAGAAGUUAGACAUAACGUAUGGCGAUUACUUUACUGAAUCUCAGCUUACCGAUGAGGAAAAUACUGAUUUGGAGUGUGAAAAAAGCUUAUGUUCUGAGGGACCAGCGGAUGUGUGGAAUACUACCUUUGGGGAAGGGGAUAUCACUGACGACACAAGCUGCAGUCCUUCUCAAGCAGGGGAGGAAGACAGCGGGCAUCCAGACAGUAUGCCAUCCAGGGAUGUGGAAUCUGGGGACUCUACAGAAGUCGAUGACAGUGACAACACUGACGCUCUCAGCUUGAGAUCUUCAUCAACGGCUGAGGCCGAUAGCUUAGUGCCUAAUUCUGGUUCAAUGCAAUUCAAAAAUGACCUUGGGGACAUGGAUGAUUUCUUACCCACUGACAGCAAUGAAUGUAACAUUGAUCCAGAGGAAGGGGACACAGAUCUUAAAGACACAAGUUGUGAAGAUGUCAUUUUGACAGAGGAUGGUGAUGAGGAUAGCCCUCCAGCAGAAGAUGAAAAUGAAGGGAUGGGAAACUGCGAGAUCUCUUUGGAAGAGGCUCCUUGCCACGAUAGCCCAUUCCAAAAUUGUGAAGACGUUCAUGCAUCUUCACUGGCACCUGACCAUAAAUUGUUAAAUACUGAUGACAUGAAUGAAUGUCUAGGAUCAGAAACUAGUCCUACCCCAUGUGACGAGACAGCCGAGACACAGCAAGAAGUCUCCAUAGAACUUAUGGAUCAUGUGCUAGAAAGCACCGAUGACCCGGCUGUUGACAGUGUUGAACCGACCAUUGAGGGUGACAGUGGUGAACCAUCAAUGGACGUUAAUGAGGAGUUGGUAGAGACUCUACCAGACUCUUUUGAGGGUGACAGUGGUGAACCAUCAAUGGACGUUAAUGAGGAGUUGGUAGAGACUCUACCAGACUCUUUUGAGGGUGACAGUGGUGAACCAUCAAUGGACGUUAAUGAGGAGUUGAUAGAGACUCUACCAAACUCUACUUUUCAGGAGGCAGAAGACCAAGAAGACAAUGAGGUCUGUGAAAUUAGUGAGGUAGUAGAAGAAACACCACAGGAUACUCUUCAGAUAGCCGAGGGCUCUCAAGGUGAGGAUACAGUAGAAGACAAUUUUGAUGACAGUUGCCAAAUCAUUCCCUUCGAAAAUGAGGGUUGUGACGAAGCAAAUGAGUCAGUUGAGCAACCUCUGGAUACAGGAACCUCUACCACCCUUCUGGAGCCAUUGUCGGAGUCUGAGAAAGAGACGAUAGAUGAAACCGAGCCUCUUUCGGAGACUGGAUGUUUCCACAAGGAAACAACACCACCACCACAACCUUCUGAGCUCACCGACACAGCUGCAGAUAGCGAAGGAAAUAACACAUGUGAGGAUGACCCGGCUCUCGUCGCACAGGGUGAAGGACUUGGAGAGGAUGGAGCUGACACAGCAGAGGUGUCACCUGAAGAUCAGGAAAUAGAGGUCAAGGAGCUCCCAAGGGACACUGUGGAAAACGCAUCAGCGGCUGAGGUACCUCUAGAGCAAGAGGAGGAUGACAGCAACCCUUAUGUACUGGAGGACAGUGUCCAUUCCAGAAACAGGAAGUUGCUACAAACAGAGGACAUUUCUUACAACAAGCCAGAGGGGGAAGUCGCUAGGCCUCAUUGUAUAAUGGAGGAAUGUAACCAGGAAGGGGAAAACCAUUUACUCUGCAUAGACAGGAAAAACAUUGUCACAAGGACGAGAUCCUACUCAGGAAAAAUACCUGGUAACGUCCCAGAGACUGUCCCGGAAGAGACAGCGGCAGAGAUGGAUUCUCAGCCACCAAGCAACGGCUCGUUCGCCAACACAAAGAGUGAAAAGCAAGAGUCGAAAAAUUUUGACUUCCUCAGGGCUCUACCUAGGAAGCCAAGCCGCUUUAUUCUCUACCCGCGGUCUUACUCUGUCGAGGGCAGGGAAAAUGCAGCUUCAAUGUACAUUGAAUCCGACAUCACAUUCUCUCCAUAUCUCAUUAGCUCUUCUGGUAGCUUUUCGCAAAGAAAUCAUCAUUCCUCCAGUGGAAUGUCCACGCCUACCUCUGUGGUGGACAUUCCGCCACCCUUUGAACUAGCCAGCAUUACAAAGAAACCCAUCACCAAAAGCUCCCCAUCGCUUUUGAUCGAAAAUGAGUGUUCUGACAAAUCUUUCAAAAAGAAAAAGUCAUCAUUCAAAAAAUUCCUCACCUUAAAGUUUAAGAAGAAGACAGAAAACAAGAUCCACGUUGACGUCAACGUGUCUUCUUCGCGGUCUUCUUCAGAGUCGAGCUACCAUGGACCUUCCAGAUUCAUAGACAUUGAAAGAAGCAGUCUUGGGAAUUCUCCUCAACUGCAGAGUCGUUCUGGGAUGCAUUGUUAUCCUGAUUCCCCCACAGCUAUCCUCUUCUACAAGGACAUGAAGAGGAAAGGAACUUCCAAGGCCUUUACUAGGAGCGUGGCUAGGGUUGAGUCCUUUGAGGAUCGUUCCAGGCCACCUUUUAUGCCUUUGCCCUUAACUAAACCCAGGUCUAUUUCUUUUCCCAACACGGACACCUCUGAUUAUGAAAACAUCCCGGCAAUGAAUUCAGAUUAUGAAAAUAUACAGAUUCCACCUCGAAGACCAGCGAGAGCGGGGACUUUUACAGAAUUUUUUGAGGAUCCCUGCAGGGCUUUGAAUUCUGCCAAUGAGAAUGAUGGAUAUGUUGACAUGAGCAGCUUCAAUAACUUUGAGGUCAAGCCACAAACAAUGGAGCAGGAGUCCGAAAGUGCCUACACUGAACCAUACAAAGUGUGCCCCAUUCCGAUGGGCAACGCCGAGGACGUCACCUCCGACGAAGAGCAGAAGAGUUCUGAAGAUGAAGAGAGCAGCUCGGGCGGAAGUGGCGGCCCGCAUAAGAGAGACGGACCAACCAGAGCGCUGGCGAUCGUGGAGAAUCUUCUCGCCUCCGAGAAAGAGUAUGUGGAAAUGCUGAGACACUUGCACACUGAAUUCCACAUGGCCAUGCUCAGGGUUCUCGGCCCCGAAGAGGAGGACGGUGAAGAGGAGCUGAGACUGAGACACGGACUCAGCCAGCUACAGAGCAUCUACCUGCUGCAUGAAGAGGUCCUCGGAGAGCUGGAACAAAGGAUCCAGAACUGGGAAGAGAACCAGAAAAUCGCAGACAUCUUCCUCAGCUGGGAAGCCAGGUUUCAGCACCAUACGGCUUUUAUCGUCGCCUUCGACAAGACGACCGCUGCACUCGAUGACUGUAGUAUGAAAGCUCCGUACGUGGCGGCCGCCGUAAGAGAUUUCGAGAGAAUCUUCCAGAGAAGACAGUCGAGCGUACGGCAUGAACUGAUGAAAGUGGUGCAGAGGAUCUUCCAGUAUCACAUGAUCCUGACGGAUUAUCUGAACAAUCUCUGUCCAGACUGGGCGGAAUACGAAGAUACACAAGCUGCCUUGCUCAUUGUCUCAGAAGUCGCGGACCGAGCGAAUGAGAGCAUGCGUCACGGGGAAAAUCUACAGAAGUUGGUUCAGAUCGAGUACAGCGUCAGGGGACAGGGCAGCCUGCUCCAGCCGGGAAGAGCGUUCGUUAAAGAAGGCACGCUGAUGAAGGUGUGUGGAAAGGCUCGCCACCCUCGCCACUUGUUCCUGAUGAAUGAUGUCCUUCUUUAUACAUAUCCUCAAAAGGAUGGAAAGUAUCGACUGAAGAAUACGCUCUCCAUUCCUGGAAUGAGGGUGAGUCGGCCAAUCGUGGAAAACGCUCAGAAUGUCCUGAAAAUUGAAUGUAUGGAGUGCUGCCUCACUCUGUCCGCCAGCUCCUGCUCGGAGAGAGAUGACUGGUUUAGCUGUAUCAGCAGGACUGUGCAGGAAUACUACAAAGCUCCAACUGUGUCUAUCUAUAACAAUGUAGAGGUGCGGGAAAGGCUGGGCAUGUGUCUGGGGGAGCGGCCGCCCAGCGUGGUGCACAUGUCCCAUGCCAUGAUGUGUAUGAACUGCAGCAGUGACUUUACACUGACGCUGAGACGCCAUCACUGUCACGCCUGCGGCAAGAUCGUUUGCCGCAGCUGCUCCAGAAACAAAUACCCUUUGAAGUACCUAAAGGAUCGUCCGUCCAAAGUCUGUAAUGGCUGCUAUGCGGAGCUUCGUAAAAGAGAGCUUGCGACAGCCAGUGCAAAUUCCUCACCUCAAAUGCCAAGAUCCGCAUCCAGCACUUUUACAUCCAUGUUUCAGAGCAUCCACCCGUCCGCUUUCAAGAGGCAUAAGAAAGUCCCGUCAGCUCUGAUGGAGGCAGCAACGUCUGGAGAAAACGCUUCGAUCAGCGGCUACUUACACCGGUGCAAAAAGGGCAAAAAGUACUGGAAGAAACGCUGGUUUGUCAUUAAAGGCAAAGUACUGUAUACCUACACUGCCUGCGAGGACAAAAUGGCCUCAGAAAGUUUACCUUUAUUAGGUUUCCACAUUGUGCCUGAGAACUGGGACCAGAACCCCAAGCUGGGCACAGUGUUCCAACUCUAUCACAAGCAGACCUUGUACUAUAGCUUCAAAGCGGCAGACACCGAUACCGUCAUCAGGUGGGUUGAUGCCAUAAAAGCAGCAUCAGUGUUAUAGCGUUUGCUAAUCGGAAGGCCGCUAAACCAAUGAACAUUAUCUGAAUGUAAAUCCUCAAGAUUGAACUGGAAAAAAAAUAAAAAAUAUUGAAUUUAUAGGAAGAAAGAGUCACACGUUGCCCCCUGCAGGUUGCAAAGGGCGAUAGCGCUUUUAUCUUCGCCACCAAGCUCUUCGAUUGGAAAUUUAGUUUUAUUCCACUUUUUAUACAACCGUUGAUUGGAAUGUGUCAUUCGGAACGGUCGGCUCUCUUGCUUUUGACUUUGAACUUUUUUUGUUGUUUUUUUGGAGAAAGUUUUUUUUUUUUUUUCAUAGACAGACAAUCUAAUGGCUCCCCCGAAUCUAUUCAUCUACUCCUGUUUACAAAUGUGCUAAAGUUUUUUUUUUUAAUUAGCGGGUUAUUUUAUAAUAUUUUAUAUCAGCUUCAACAUAGACGGGUGCUUAUCUCAGCCAUGUACUGUCAGCGGGAUAAAAGCAAAGGAGGUAAAAAUGUGCACAAGGAAUGAUAAACGUAUUAACGAAUAAGCGCACCUUCCUGAUAUAUAGAAUAAAACAAUAAUUACGUUGCUCUUGGUUGAACCGCGCCAAACGGCUUGCAGUCCCCGAAUCAGAAUUUCUCAUUACUUCCAUAGUCCAGGAUAUCCCAAGAAACCGUAGUGGCCGGCGGUUAAACAUAAGGAAAUAUUAAAGACAAGUCAUUGUUGGGUGAAGAACGUUCUCGGGCAUCCCUAUUCAUGUGUUUUCUCCUGGCAGUUGGUGUACUGUAGAGGGAUGCUACAACAGGGGGUUUGUGUGGGUAGAGAUGCAGUGGCGGCUGGUGCUCAAAAUUUUUGGGGGCGCAAACAAACUAAAAA